CAUCGUGUCGAGCUCGCGUUAUGUGAAUUGCUGUGUUUAAAGCACAGUUGAUAGAAACCUAUUCAAACUUUUGGUUGACCUAGUAGUCCACCGACUGCUAUACCGUUCUGUUUGACUCUGUAACAUCUUUCGCGAUCUAAUAUCGGCAAAAAUACUGAAAUACCGUGAACAUACAUUUUUUCCGUCAAAGACAUAGACUUUCUCGUGUCCUUUAUAAACUACCAUCGAUCGAAGUCUACAAAAUGAGCUUUUAUUUAUAUUUGUCUUUGAAAAUUAUCUAAAAUGAAAGACGCUAUAUCGACACAAAAUUUAAAAAAACAAAUACCGGCAUUCAUUUUGCCUGUUAUUUUAUUAUUUUUAAAAUAACGGGCUUUGUGGCAUCGCGUUGGCAAAUAGGCGCCAUUUAAGAGUCGAACAAAGUAAAGGAAUCUAGACUUGCCACUGUCCUACAACGAUUAAGUCCGAACCCAACUGCAAAAUCUUUCAAAAUGUCUGAAGUUCCACAUGUAUGUGUGAAAGAAGUUCGACCAGGGAUGAAGAACAUUCACAUAAUGUUUAUUGUUCUUGAAAUAGGAAAGCCGACUCACACCAAAGAUGGCCAUGAUGUGUGGUCGUGUAAAGUGGCCGAUAAAACUGGCUCCGUGAACAUUUCAGUCUGGGACGAGGCCGGCAAUGUUUUACAGACUGGUGAUAUCUGUAGACUCACAAAAGGAUACGCUGCAAUGUGGAAGGGCUGUUUGACCAUUUACACAGGAAAACAUGGUGCUAUUAUUAAAAUUGGAGAGUUCUGUAUGCAGUUUUCCGAGGUGCCAAACAUGAGCGAGCCAAAUCCUGAGUUUGUUAAAAUGAUGCAGGAACAAAUUCCAGGUCAGAGGAAGUCGCCGACAGAAAGUGACCCAUCAGGUGGUAACCAAUCAGGAAACAGCAACAGAGCGCCACCUGUUGGCAACAAUGCUCCAGUUAAUGUUACAGCAGAUCGUGGAAAUGGAGGAAAUCGUGAUCCGAGAUCUCGAAUACAGAAUCCGGCACCUAGGACAGGUCACCAGGGUCAGGCAAUGAAUGGUCGCGGACGUGGGGGACGGAGAUAAAACAUUAUAGUGUCUUAAACACUGGAAUAUUCCUGUUAAAACUGAAAUAUUCCCCUAUUAAUAUUUCAAUAUUCCCGUUAAAACUGGAAUAUUCUUCUAUUAAAACUGGAAUAUUCCUCUAUUAAAACUGGAAUUUUCCCCCAUUAAAAUUUGAAUAUUUCCCUAUUAAAACUGGAAUGUUCCUCUAUUAAAACUGGAAUGUUUCCCUAUUAAAAUUUGAAUAUUCCUUUAUUAAAACUGGAAUAUUCCUUUAUUGAAACUGGACUAUUCCUCUAUUAAAACUGGAAUAUUACCCUAUAAAAACUGAAAUAUUCCCCAAUUAAAACUGGAAUAUUCCUCUAUUAAAACUGACAUAUUCCCCUUUAAAACUGGAAUAUUGCUCAAUUAAAGCUGGAAUAUCCCCCUACUAAAACUGGAAUAUUCCCAUAUUAAAAUUUGAAUAUUCCCGUUAAAACUGGAAUAUUUGACUGUUAAAACUGGAAUAUUUCUCUAUUAAAACUGAAAUGUUCCUCUAUUAAAACUGGAAUAUUCAUCUUUUGAAACUGGAAUAUAAUGAUGUUAUUGUAAAGACUGGAAUUUAUGUUCCUUUAACAACUUACAAUAUAAUUAAUUGUCUCUUCAACAUUUUUAAGUACUGGAAUAUAUGUCUCUUUAAUAACUGGAAUAUAUGUUCCUUUAAAAACUGGAAUCUAAUUUCGUCCCUUUAAAACAGGAAUAUAAUUUUGUUCCUUUAAAAUAUAUGAAAUUCUGUAUAAGCGAAAACAAAUUGUGGUCCAAAAUGUUCUAGGUUUUAGAGCUAAAAACAUUUUGAGGUUUCUUAUUUUCAAGGUUUGGCAACUCUAAAAUGAGGGUUUUGUUUUUAAUAAUGGAUUGUAGGAUAAAUCCCCUUCAUUGGACCCAAUGUUUCUCCAAUAUAACCAGUGUUUGAUGACAAGCGGGGAUCUAGCUCAGUCGAUAAAACUCACCAAAGGUUCUCUGACUGCCCAUUGGGCUAUUUCUUGUUCCAGCCAGUGCUCCAUAACUGAUGUAAGAAAAGUCGUGGUAUGUACUAUCCUGUCUGUGGGAUGGUGCAUAUGAAAAAAUCCCUUGCUGCUAAUCGAA